GCCACUCAAUAAAAAAAACAAGAAAAAAAUUCAUUUCAGCCACGCACAAAAUCACAGUUAUUUUUUAUUCUCACAUAUUUGCUUUACAAAAAGAAGAGAAGCACAAAGGACAAGAAAGAAAGAAAAAACUUUUUUACUUCUCUCUUUCCAUCGUUAGCCUCCAUUUUUUUUACUUCCUCUUUUAUUUUCUAAUUUUAAAUCUAUUAAAACAUGGCGCCGUAUAUUCCGCAGAACUAUCUGCCCAAUUUGAAAAAGUACAAGUACCAGGCAAUCGACAAGUCACUUAUUAGCAAGUAUGUCCUGGCCGAGUACUGGAACCAGCUGGUCAAGGUUUUCCCUCUAACGAUGGCAGCCAACAUGGUGACGCUGCUCGGGUCUCUGCACGUAAUCAUAGCAAUGGUAUUGAACCAAAUCUACGCACCCAACCUGGUAGAGACCUGCCCCUCCUGGGUGUACUUUGCGUACUCCGCGUGUAUCUGGAUCUACGGGUCCUUCGAUGCAGUCGAUGGGAAGCAGGCGAGACGCACAGGAACGGCGUCUCCGCUCGGAGAGCUUUUCGACCACGGUUGCGAUUCCCUGGUGGUGUCCCUGAUCAUGACUCUGUUUGCUUCGACGUGCCAGCUGGGGGAGUCCUGGUGGACGGUUGCAUUGGUAUUUCUCGCACUGACGAACUUUUACAUGUCAACUAUGGAGGAGUACCACACGCAUGUGCUGUUCCUCGGGUACUUCUCAGGCCCAGUCGAAGGCAUCCUGUCCUUUUCUCUGGCAACGCUGGCAACCGGCAUUCUGGGCCCGGCAUUCUGGUCCACCAGCUUCUAUAACGUUCUUCCACUGCAGCAGAGCAUCGUGGAUCUGCUGCCGCCGCUGACCAUGGCGCAGUCCGUCGUGGUCGGAAUGGGGGUCGUUCUCGUGCCCACAGUGUACGCUAGCUUCAGCAAUGUUGCCGCAGCCUGUCGCGAGCAAAAAAAGAGCGUCUGGGGCGCAUUCGCCGACUCCAUCCCGUUUUUCGCAUCCAUCGGGGGCUGCGCCCUAUGGCUAUACGCGUCGCCUGCGAUUCUCGCACGCCACUUGGUCGUUUUCCUGAUGUUUGUCGGUUUCGCGUUCUCGUAUAUUGUCGGCCGCGUUAUUGUCGCGCAUGUCACUGGUGCGCCCUUCCCAAAGCUCAACCGCAUGCAUAUUCCGAUUUUCUUUGGCACAGCCAAUGCCAUUGCCCCGUCGAUUGGGCUGUCCAAAAUGUUUGUGGAGGAGAAGGAGGUUGUGCUUAUUUGGAUCUGUCUCGCUUAUACAGCGAUUCAGUAUGCGCAUUUUGCAUUGGAGGUUAUUGACACUAUUUGCGCCUACCUCGAUAUUAACUGCCUGACUAUUAAGCACAAGACCGCUAUUAACUAUGGCGGAGCCGCACCCGCACCCGCUGCUGCUGCUGAUGCUGCUGUU